CGGGAGCGGCAGGCAGGCCGGGCAUGGCGUCCAUGGCGGCGGCUAUCGCGGCCUCGCGCUCGGCGGUCAUGAGCGGGAACCGGCCUCUUGACGACCGGGAGCGAAAGCGCUUCACUUACUUCUCGUCGCUGAGCCCCAUGGCCAGGAAGAUCAUGCAGGACAAGGAGAAGAUCCGCGAGAAGUACGGGCCCGAGUGGGCGCGGCUGCCGCCCGCGCAGCAGGACGAGAUCAUCGACCGGUGCCUGGUGGGGCCGCGCGCUCCGGCGCCCCGAGACCCCGGGGACUCGGAGGAGCUCACGCGCUUCCCCGGCCUGCGCGGGCCCACGGGCCAGAAGGUGGUGCGCUUCGGGGACGAGGAUCUAACUUGGCAAGAUGAGCACUCUGCCCCUUUCUCCUGGGAAACAAGGAGUCAGAUGGAGUUCAGUAUCUCCGCCCUAUCCAUCCAGGAGCCGAGCAACGGCACCACCGCCAGCGAGCCCAGACCCCUGUCCAAAGCUUCCCAGGGCUCCCAGGCCCUCAAGUCCUCCCAAGGCAGCAGGUCCUCCAGCCUGGACGCCCUGGGCCCCGCCAGGAAGGAGGAGGAAGCAUCCUUCUGGAAGAUCAAUGCCGAGAGGUCCCGAGGGGAGGGGCCUGAGGCCGAGUUCCAGUCGCUGACCCCUAGCCAGAUCAAGUCCAUGGAGAAGGGGGAGAAGGUCUUGCCUCCCUGCUACCGGCAGGAACCUGCCCCGAAGGACAGGGAGGCCAAGAUGGAAAGGCCCAGCACCCUCCGUCAGGAGCAGCGUCCCCUUCCCAACGUGAGCACCGAACGCGAGAGAGCCCAGCCCGUCCAGGCCUUCGGCAGCACGCUGCAGGAGGCCGCCCCCUCCCAGCUCGAGGGGAAGCUGCCGUCUCCUGACAUCAGGCAGGACGACGGGGAAGACACCCUGUUCUUGGAACCCAAGUUUGCACAGGUCAGCUCAAGUAAUGUCGUCUUGAAGACGGGAUUUGAUUUUCUGGACAAUUGGUAAAAUGUAUUAGAAAAAUGCAAUGAAGAACCCUAAAAUGUUUUCCAAAGUGGUGUGGUGGAGGAGGAUAAAAAGGGCCACCUUUUCCUAUGUAUUUUCCUGGUUUCUUGACACUCUUUUCUUAAUCAUUUGGAAACUGGUCAAUAUUGCAGAUUUUUUCUUUUUUGGUAGAACCAGAUAUAGAUGCUAUUUUCAGUGAUUUGAUAACAGAAGUUUUACAUUUGGAAUUUUUAAGGUCUGUUAAUAAUUCAGGAGAUCUUGUAAAUAAAACUUCUGUUCCCAGCUCCACCCAAUUUUCCCCCUCCUCAGAGGAUGUAUUUCCACCAAGUCACAAAAAUCGUAAAAGUGAUUUCCAUCUCCUUCUCCAUGAUUUCCCCUCCCCCCUCCCCUUUUUAACAUAUGGGUUCCUUUUGAGGGGUGAUCGAGGGUCAUGUUAUCAGCCAUGACAUCAGCGUGCUGGCCGUGACCCUGGAAAGAUUGGCCCCCAGAGACCUUCUUAGCCAGCGCUUGCAGCUGUCCGGGACUUCUCUGGCGGAAGCCACGUCUCUCACAUCAUGUGCCACCCUCCACUUUCACGCCAUUUCCAGGGAACAGACUGCGGGUAUGUGGCAGCGUCGUCUUUAAGCUGCCCUGAUACGUAUUCAGAGUAUGGAUCGUUGUUUUUAAAAAGAGUUGCAUGUUUAAAGAGUUUUGUAUUAACUUUUCAUUAUUUUGUAUCUAGAUGAUCAGCAGUGGGGCUACCCCUUUCUUUGGUUUUGUAUCCGUUUCCUCUUGGAAGUUCUUGUUGCUUAUGUGACCUGUUGGUUGUUCCCUCGACUGGGCACCUGCAGGAGUCAGGGCAGAUGGCAGGCGUGGCUGGAGGACAGGGCUCUUCUGCUUAGUUGUGUUCAGGUCUUCCGGCGUGGGACUGGUAGGAGCAGUGGGCAUUCUUUUUCCUAAGGGCUAGCCAGGCUGCAUCAUGUCGGACCUUCCCCAGCCCUGACCACCACCAGGAGCAGAAGAGUGGAGCUCGUGGUCGCCUCAGCAGCACCCGUGGAGACCUGCGUGGUGUCAUAGCAGCAGUGUCUCCUGGAGCUGGUGCAGACGCCGAGGCUGCCCAGUGGUACGAGGUGGCCCACCUCCCCUAGGGAAGCUGCUGCACUCACAGGCUUCCCUGCCCCGUGGUCCUGGAGCUGUGUGAGCCUGCAGGAGACAUCCAAGCAGAGCCUCAAGCCCGGUAUGGCGCCAUCUCCACGUCGCCAUCACUGCGUUCUCACCUGAAGCCUUAAUCUCGGCGACCCCGGCCAGUGAGCGCUUGGUUUCAAUACCAAAGUGUGUCUUUUUUUUUUGUAAAUGCGUGUUUCAUAGGACCUUCUGAAAUGAUUUCCAGAAUAUUUUAUCUGGCUCCAAAAUAAAGCACAUCGCAACUCACCUCAA